GGUGGGCUCUGGUCCUCUGGUCCUCUGGUCCUGGGUUUUGGUUCAUCGUCCUGGCGAUCAGAGGAAGGGUGGGGGUGCGCCGCAGGGGGUAAUUGGAUCAGAGGAAGGGUGGAUGGGGGGGUCUUCUGAGGGGGGUACACACACACACACACACAAGAAAAAGCCCGUACGGUAAUUAUAGCUGUAUUUGGGGUAUAUCUAUUUCAGUCUAAAUACAACUGUAAUGACCGGACGUUGUGUUCGGGAGAAGAAGGUAGUCCUACGGCGUUUCACAUCGUGGUUGUGUUUCUGGAUGGUCCAUCGCACGGACGGUAUGUUCUUCCACGUGGUCCAUCGUGUGUUGCUGACGUGGUCUGUGUGCCAUCUGGUCCACACAGCAUGGCCCGUGCUGAUGUGUUCUGUUCCACGUGGUCCUGCGUUAAGUUGCUCGAAGGUCUCUGUCGUACUGAACGUUCCAUGUAAUUGGUCAUCAUUGCGUCCUCUUACGGACGUGGAACGUGCUGGCGGAGUGUUUGUCCGAGUUCCUUACGGUGAAGACGAACCUAAACCGGAGAGGCAACGACGUGAUGUGGUUGCCUUUUUUCUAUUGUAAGAAAAAGAAUGCGAAUGGCUACUGCAAAGACGGUGCAUAUAUACCUUCAUCAUUCAGCGGUUAAGGGGCAGCAUUUUGAUCAGUUAAGGCGACGGCAUGGGGGUGUGUACUGCUGCUGUACGACGGAAGCGAGCGAGGAAUAAGGGAUACCAGGCGGGCGAGGAACAAGCGAUACGAGGACACGAGGCGAUUCCAUUUUUCCCCCCGUUGAUAUGUGGAAUUUAAAAUAGAAGAUGAAGAUGAGGACCAAGGGAGAGAGAAGGGAGAGUUGGCAUUGAUAGAUGGGACAGAUUGAGAGCACCAGUGUCUGUGCCGCGCGUGGGUUCGCAUGGUUUGAUGGUCUUCUUGCUGACGAUAACAUUGAAGGCGACUGCAAAGACAGUGUGCAUAUACCUUCGUCAUUCAUGGUUUGAUGGUUUGGCAUGCGGUGUUAACUCGGUAGAGACGCAGACACUGCAGGGCAUGUUUGCGGUCAUAUGGCGUGCGGAAGAGGAAAUCGGCCCCGCGCGAUGGCGGUUUUGACCAUAACAUUCAUCCACUGUACGAGGUUACUGCUCUUUGGCAUGCUGAGAGGGCUAAAAGGGCAAGUAGCUUUCUGCUCUUACGAUCAUGGUGGUCCCUACUGCGCAGCUUUGUGUAGAAGAGAGUAUGCAUACCUAGGCGCAGUGCAGACAAUAUGGCACCCGGAGUCAAGGCGGGAGAGACGGAGACACUGCCGGCCAUGUGUGUGUGUGUGCGUGUGGGUGUAUGUGCGCGCGCCCGCGGGGGGAGGAGAAGGGGGGGGGKGGUGGCUGUGCGUGCGCUGCUAUGUAUCGGGAACAGACACUCAUAUACACACACCCACACGUACACAGAGAGAGAGAGAGAGAGAGAGAGAGAGAGAGAGAGAGAGAGAGAGAGAGAGAGAUGAAGAUGUGCUCUUUCUCCGCCGUUGUGACAGUGUAUUCGCGGGUGUAUUAUCAUUUUUUUCAGACUUUGCUACUACUGUAGGUGUAGGUGCCCUGAUCUUGUGCAGAGAUAACUGAAGAUUAAUUACUGUUGCUAUCUUACGCUUCCUUGUUGCUGCGCACGCGACACGGGGACGUUAUUCUGGAGGUUCGUGCGGUGCUUGCCGUUUUAUUGAUUUUGUUCGGGGCGGGUCCGGGAAGGUCCGGGAAGGAAUGUACAUUUUGAUGGGCGAGGGGGGCAAUGCUCCAUAUGUGUAUGGGUGAAUUGAGCAGCAGUGAGAGGGCGAGGGGCGUGAUGCUCAAUAGUAUGGGUGAAGUGGAGCAGCAGGGAGAACAGAGGGACUACCGGUAGCAGAGGAAAUUCAUUGGGAGCCAAUACGACGACGCAUGCCAUCUGUGGUCUUGGUUAUCUGCCGCGAACCCUUCUGUGCUGUUGCAACUUCUCUUGUUUAUGUAAAAUAGCUGAAUAC